AUGAGUAAAGCUGACAAUGAUGAAACUGUUACAAUCAGUAAGGCUGAAAAUGAUACCUCUAUGAUCGAUAUUGAUCCCGUGGCAAACACAACAGAUAAAAUAGUAAAAGAAGAUGAUAAAAAUAGUAAUAGUAAUAGCAAUAGUAAUAGUAGAAGUAUAUCAAGAGAGAGAAAUAGUAGUUCUCAAAAAGAUAAAUACCAACAUAAGGACGACGAUGACAAACACAAAGAUCUAGAUAACAAAACAAGCAAGGAGACUGAUAAAGAUAGAGAUAGAGACUCGCGAAGUAGAGAUAGAAGUAGAAGCAGAGAGAGAAGAGACAGAGAUAGAGACUAUCGCGAUAGAAGUAGAAGUAGGAGUCACGAACGAUACCGAGAUAGAGAUAGAGACUAUCGCGAUAGAAGUAGAAGCGGUGAGCGAUACAGUCGAUCCUAUCAUAGUGGUCAUCAUCAUAGAGAUAGAGACUAUCGCGAUAAGAGUCCGAGCGACACCUCUCGGUCAAGACGUGGCAAGUACGGUCCACACGAUACCUAUGGCGUUGCAAAGGGUGGCGGAGCAACGAGUAGUCAUCAUCAUGCGAGUGAGCAGCAACAGCGCUACUAUGGACGUGACGGUGGCGGUCCACCCUCAUCCUAUUACAGAUCGUCGUCUUCGUCGUCAUCAGACUAUCCUUAUCCACCGUCACAUCAUCGCGGUGGUGGUAACGAGCAUUAUAGUCGCGGCUACAGAACCCAUCCAUAUGCAAUGUAUCCACCACACUCCUCUGUUGGCGAGUCCGAACAUCUACAACAACAACAACAUCGUCAACUGCCUCCUCUUCCUCCUCCUCCUCACCAUCAUCUACAUCAUUUCAGCAAUGCAUAUCCAACGCGACCACCAUUACCACUACCACCAACAACAACAGCAGCAGCAACAUCAACAACUCCCGGUACAUCAGCUGCCGAUGAAUAUCUGUAUAGAUCAAUCAACGUCACAUCACCACUUCCUCUACUACCGACACCACCUACAUCUGCGCUAUACUCCUCACAUCACCAACUUCAACAUCAACACCAACACCACCUAGCAGCUGGUGGAUAUCCACCAACAGCAACAGAUUCAACUCCAAACAAACAAAGUAACAGUAAUUCCAACUCUAGCUAUUUGUAUAGUUUCAAUUCAAAGAAAGAAAAGAUUACAAAGGAGAAGGAAAAAGAAAAAGAGACACCAUCUAAACAUUUACUUUACGAUAAGUAUGAAGAAAAGCAGCAUAAUAAUAAUAAUAAUGGAAAUAGUAGUAUUAAAGUUAAUGGCAACACAUCAUCAUCGAUCGAUAAUAUUAAGAGUAUAAAGAGAGAUAGAGCAAGUGAAUUGAUGUCAAUUCGUAAGGAUUUGAAAAAGAAGAAAACAGAACACGAUAGUAAUUCUACAACUAGCUCCACACCUUCGAAAUCAGUAGCCAGCAGAUCACCAUCGAGCUCACCAUCCAGUGACAGCGAUCCUUAUCCCGUAGUAGUAAAGAAGUCGACCAACAACAGUAGUAGUAGUUUAGUCAAGAAGAAGACGAUUGUAUUGAGUGAAAGCGAGAGUGAUAGCGAUAGUUAUACUAGUGACAGCGAUUCAAGUGGUAGCUAUACGAGCGGGAGUGAUAGUGGUGACUACACUUCAUCUUCAGACUACUCUAGCAGCGACGACGAUAGCGAUACAUCUUCAAGCAGCGAUGACGACUCGGAUGUUGAACAACAAAAUAAGAAAUCAAAGAAAGUUGUCAAUUCUGUGAAAUCCACUUCUUCUUCCGCCAACUCUUCAACAUCAAAGGUGGAAAUGAAUGGUAAAACAACAACUAAAGAAAAGGAAAUUGUUAAAGAAAAAGAAAAAGAUAAAGAUACUCAGAAAACAUCAACUGUUAAGCCUUCUUCUUCUUCUGCUACACCAAAGACAUCUUCUAAACCAUCUACACCAACAACUCAAUCAGCCAACUCUACAUCCAAACAAGCAUCUAUCAACAAACCUCCUACUACACCAAUCUCAAAGUCCGACAAAGAAUCAUCAUCUUCUGCUUCAACAUCAACAACUAAAGAUAAAUCAACACACUCUAAACAACACGAUGAAAAAGAAAAAUCAACCAACAGAGAUAAGGAAAAGACAACAGAAAAAGAUAAAGAGAAAGAGAAAGAGAAGGUAAAAGAAAGAGAAAAGGAAAAAGAGAAGGAGAAAGAAAAAGAGAAAGAGAAGGAAAAGGCGAAAGAGAAAGAGAAAGAACCAAUCAAAGAACUAGAUAAUAAUAGUAAAGAUAAAUCAAAAGAUAAAGAUAGAAGUAGAGAUAGAGAUAGAGAAAGAGAUAGAGAAAAGGAUAAAGAUAGAAAAAGGCAUAGUGAUGACAAAUCUAGCUCUUCAUCAAGAAAGAGUGAAUCAUCAUCAAGUAGACAUUCAAGUGGUGGUAGUAUUAGUAGUAGUAGUAGUAAGAGUCAUCAUUCAAAGACAGAUUCAAAGAAAUCAACUAAGGAAUCAUCAUCAUCCUCAAAGGAUAAAGAUAAACUAGUUUUGGCAACACCACCAAAAGGUGAAACCAGAGAAGAGGAAAGGGAAAGAAUCAUGAAGUAUUUGGCAGCAAAGAAUGAAGAGGCCAAGAAGAAUAAACCAAAGAAUGAAGACAACUCUAUUAUGAACCUACCCGAACCACAGGCAAUCAAAAUGAUAGAGGAUAACAUCGAAAAUGGUGCAAGCUAUUCCCAAAUUGCUGUUUUAAUUCAAAAGGCAAGAGGAAAAUCAUUUAAAUAUACAAAAUCAAGUAAUAGAAGAAAGAGAACAUUACAAGAGGAUGAUAUCGCUAUUUGUAAUUGUGAUAUCAUUGAUAAUGGAGAUUGCGGACCGGAGUGUUUGAAUCGUCGGUCUUUCAUCGAGUGCGAACCCUCCAACUGUAAGCUAGGCAAACACUGUAAGAAUCAACGAUUCCAACGACAGGAGUACGCUCUUAUCGCACCUUUCAACGCCAAGAAGAAGGGCUGGGGACUGAAAGCAAAGGAGAAGAUCAGCGCACACCAAUUCGUUAUCGAGUACUGCGGUGAGGUUAUUACACGUGCGCAAUCAAUGGACAGAAUGCGUGAGGCCGACGGCGAGAAAUACUUUUACUUCCUGACACUCGACAGCAAAGAGGUGUUGGACGCCUCGCGAAAAGGCAACCUCGCAAGAUUCAUCAACCAUUCGUGCGACCCCAAUUGCGAGACACAGAAGUGGAGCGUCGACGGCGAGACUCGCAUUGGAAUAUUCGCACUGAAAGACAUCGAAGCGGGAACCGAACUCACCUUUGACUACAACUACGAGCGUGUCGGAUCGUCCAAGCAGAGUUGCUACUGUGGAUCUGUCAACUGUCGCGAGUACCUCGGAAACAAAGCGCCUUCAAGUCGUAGCUCCUCCAAGCCACCAACUGCGUCAUCCAAAGAUAAAGACAAGGAAAAGGAAAAGGAUAAGGAUAAGGAAAGGGAAGGCAAAGAAGAUGCUCUACAAAGUCAAACGGCAUCGCCAACCACUCCACCAUUCUACAGUGACUUGGAUGAUGGUAGCUAUGUAAAUGGUAACAGCGGUGGUAAUGGUAGUGAAUCGAUGGAUAUGAAUGGCGAUGGAACGACAACAAUGAACGAUCAAGUAGUACCACCAAUGGAUUUGAUGACUAUGGAUCAUAGUGACCAUCUUAAAUAUAUAAUGGCCCGUACCAAACAAACAGCCCGUAAAUCCACUGGUGCCAAGGUACCACGUAAGCACAUCGGUUCAAAGCAAGCCCACAAGCAAACUCCAGUCUCCCAAGGUGGUGUCAAGAAGGUUCACAGAUUCCAUCCAGGUACUGUCGCACUCAGAGAAAUUAGAAAGUACCAAAAGUCUACCGAUCUUUUGAUCCGUAAAUUGCCAUUCCAACGUUUGGUUCGUGAGAUUGCUCAAGAGUUCAAGACUGAUCUUCGUUUCCAAUCUGCAGCUAUUGCUGCUCUUCAAGAAGCUUCUGAGGCUUACUUGGUCGGUCUCUUUGAAGAUACCAAUCUUUGCGCUAUCCACGCCAAGCGUGUCACUAUCAUGCCAAAGGACAUCCAAUUGGCUCGUAGAAUCAGAGGUGAACGUACUUAA